AUGAAGUUCAUCUUCACUCUUGUUUCCUUCCUGGUCCUUCUAGCCAUGAUGGCUGAAGGACGCAGCCUCUACCAGGGCUCACCCCCGGGUGACAACUCUGUCGUUCAUGAUGAACAGUCUCUCAAUGAUCUGGCCAAGGACAGCUCUGGCACAAUUCUCUACUCGAGCAAUGGUGCUCGAGCCACGGUGACUGAAGAACUUACCCGCUACCACACUGCACCCCCAAGCGAUGCCAUUAUCUUUCACGACGAGCAAUCCCUCAGCGACCUGAUCAAGGACAAUCCUGACACACUUCUCUACUCUGAGAACGGAGGAUACUACCUCAAGAACAUGGAAGAAGCCGUCAUUGGCAUCGCCGCCGAUGACCUCUGCGAAUACCUUGGUGCAUCUUUUGCGUUCUUCAAUGAUGCUGCUGGGGCAAAUGCUGUGGAGGAGCCUGAGUGUUUGCAUGAAAAGGAUACGGGGAAGUGUCCUGCUCCUGUCCCUCAGUGUCCGGCUGACAUGAGACCAUGUGCUCUGGAGAUUGUCAGCACCGAGGUUGUGUUACAUGCACUCACACGAAGUUUUGUCUUAUCUAAAGCGUGA